AUGAAGGAGAAGGUUUUGCGAGCCUUGGCAGACUGCGGCAAGCCCUUCGCCAUGCUGCUGCCCAUCUCCAUCCUCCACGUAGGCUUUGUGCGAGAGAUCAUCGACAUGAACCAAGUGCAGGUGAUCAUCCCGCGUCGUGUCCACGUGCGGAAGAGUGGUCAGGAUGUGCUGCCCUUCAAGUAUCUCUGUUGGUUUUGCGUGGGGACAAAGCUUCCCCGGGAUCUGAUAUUCGUCAACGAC